AUGGUCUCGUUCCCUCAUGUCUCGGUCGUCGUACCUCAACCGGAAGUUGGGGUCGUUCCCUGUGGCUGUGAUUUCCUAGUUACCACCCCGAAAAGGAUCCCGCUGCCAGUGCCAAGGGAGCGACCGGGCAGCAAGAGCUCGGCCAAAGAGUACCUGGACAACCACGAUGUUCUGCGUGUGGUGCAGGCGGUACUCCAGGCUGUGAUCAAAGAAAAGCCGGACGACCCUUACCGGUUCAUGGCGAAGCUGUUCAUGAAUGGCUACAUCGCCGGCGGCGCUGCAGAGUGUGCGACGCAGGAGGCGCCAAAAGCAGUUCCAGCACCCGAGCCCGUCACCGAGGCAAAGCCGCAGGAGACACCAGUGGAGGCACCAAAGGCAGAACCGGUUGCAGAGGCGCCCCCCACUCCAGCCCAAGAAGCAAAACCGGAGGAGCUGGCCGCUGAGGCCCCUAAAGCGGAGCCAGCCGCAGAGGCAAAACCGGAGGAGAGUACCGCAGCCGCAGAAGCACCAAAGACUGAGGAGGCAGCUGCUGAGGCACCAAAGACUGAGGAGCCAGCUGCCGAGGCACCAAAGACGGAGGAGGCAGCCACAGAGGCUGAGGAGGCAGCCGCAGAAGCGCCCAAGACUGAAGAGCCAGCUGCCGAGGCACCAAAGGCUGAGGAGGCAGCCGCAGAAGCGCCAAAGACUGAGGAGCCAGCUGCCGAGGCACCAAAGGCUGAGGAGGCAGCCGCAGAAGCGCCAAAGACUGAAGAGCCAGCUGCCGAGGCAGCCGCAGAGGCGCCAAAGACUGAGGAGCCAGCUGCCGAGGCACCAAAGGCUGAGGAGGCAGCCGCAGAAGUGCCAAAGACUGAGGAGCCAGCUGCCGAGGCACCAAAGGCUGAGGAGGCAGCCGCAGAAGCGCCAAAGACUGAGGAGCCAGCUGCCGAGGCAGCCGCAGAGGCGCCAAAGACUGAGGAGCCAGCUGCCGAGGCACCAAAGGCUGAGGAGGCAGCCACAGAAGCGCCAAAGACUGAGGAGCCAGCUGCCCAGCCAGCCGCAGAGGCGCCAAAGACUGAGGAGCCAGCUGCCGAGGCACCAAAGGCUGAGGAGGCAGCCGCAGAAGCGCCAAAGACUGAAGAGCCAGCUGCCGAGGCAGCCGCAGAGGCGCCAAAGACUGAGGAGCCAGCUGCCGAGGCACCAAAGGCUGAGGAGGCAGCCGCAGAAGCGCCAAAGACUGAAGAGCCAGCUGCCGAGGCACCAAAGGCUGAGGAGGCAGCCGCAGAAGCGCCAAAGACUGAGGAGCCAGCUGCCGAGGCACCGAAGGCUGAGGAGCCAGCUGCCGAGGCACCAAAGGCUGAGGAGGCAGCCGCAGAAGCACCAAAGACUGAGGAGCCAGCUGCCGAGGCACCAAAGGCUGAGGAGGCAGCCGCAGAAGCGCCAAAGACUGAGGAGCCAGCUGCCGAGGCACCAAAGGUUGAGGAGGCAGCCGCAGAAGCGCCAAAGACUGAGGAGCCAGCUGCCGAGGCAGCCGCAGAGGCGCCAAAGACUGAGGAGCCAGCUGCCGAGGCACCAAAGGCUGAGGAGGCAGCCGCAGAAGCGCCAAAGACUGAAGAGCCAGCUGCCGAGGCAGCCGCAGAGGCGCCAAAGACUGAGGAGCCAGCUGCCGAGGCACCAAAGGCUGAGGAGGCAGCCGCAGAAGCGCCAAAGACUGAGGAGCCAGCUGCCGAGGCACCAAAGGCUGAGGAGGCAGCGUCUGCUGCGGAGGCGCCAAAGCGAUCUCGAGAUGGACACGGUGUGCUCAGGAGUUAG